CAUCUCGUACUUCGUCAUUAUCUUCCAAAUUUUCUUUUUCUCUCUCCUUCUCAUAUCACAGAGAGAGAAAGAGAGAGAAAAUUAACUGAGAGAGUGUGAAAAUCUCAUCGGCGUCUCAAUCUGAAUAUCGGUGAUCGUCUGUUCGUGUCAAAUCUCGUUGAUUCGUGUUUUUUGUGGAUAAAUAGAAAGUAGAGAGAGAGAGAGUUUACGUGUUCGUGUAAGAGGAAUCUCGCUCUUGUUCAACAUGUGUAUUUCUUGAUGUAAUGGAUGAUAGUGAAGAGAUUGCAUAGAAUCCGUGAUGGUAUCGUUGUGAAUCUGGAGUAUUAGAUCGAUCUGUGUGUUAGUUCUGGCGGAUUUCAAUUGUGAAUUCGGUCAAACAAGAUUUGCUGGAAAUGAACGGUGUAGAAGAAGCUGUGGCUGGUUCCGCUGAAGCACCUCAGCCGCUGGAGUGGAAAUUCUCUCAGGUUUUUGGCGAACGGACUGCAGGGGAGGAGGUGCAGGAAGUUGAUAUUAUUUCUGCCAUCGAAUUUGAUAGAACCGGGGAUCACCUUGCCACUGGAGAUCGCGGAGGUCGGGUGGUUUUAUUUGAAAGAGCUGAUACAAAAGAUCAUGGUGGAAAUCGGAGAGAUCUAGAGAUGAUGGAUUACUCAAACAGUAGGCAUCCUGAGUUCCGCUAUAAGACAGAGUUUCAAAGCCAUGAGCCUGAGUUUGAUUAUCUCAAGAGCUUGGAAAUUGAGGAGAAAAUAAAUAAAAUUAGAUGGUGUCAGUCAGCCAAUGGCGCCCUAUUUCUUCUUUCAACUAAUGACAAAACCAUCAAAUUUUGGAAGGUUCAAGAGAAGAAGGUUAAGAAAAUAUGCGACAUGAACGUGGACCCUGUGAAAGCUGCAGGAAAUGGUCCUAUUGCUGGUUCGAGUAGGUCAACCCUCUCGAAGCCAUGUAUUGCAAAUGGAGAAUGCACAGAGAACCCCGUUGGUCAUUCAAGUGCUGAUUUUGAGUUUCCAUCUGGGGGUAUCCCAUCUUUGCGUUUGCCUACGGUAGUAACUAGUCAUGAGAUGAGCCUUGUGGCGAGAUGUCGAAGAAUAUAUGCCCAUGCCCAUGACUAUCACAUCAAUUCCAUUUCUAAUAACAGUGAUGGAGAGACUUUUAUAUCGGCUGAUGAUUUGCGAAUAAAUCUUUGGAACUUGGAAAUUAGCAAUCAGAGUUUUAAUAUUGUUGAUGUGAAGCCUGCAAACAUGGAGGAUCUGACUGAGGUGAUAACUUCGGCAGAAUUUCACCCUACCCAUUGCAACACGUUAGCAUAUAGUAGUUCGAAAGGCUCAAUUCGACUGAUUGAUAUGCGACAAUCGGCUCUAUGUGAUAGUCAUAGCAAAUUGUUCGAGCAGCCGGAGGUGUCUGGCACAAGGUCCUUUUUCACCGAAAUAAUUGCCUCAAUCUCGGAUAUAAAGUUUUCGAAAGAUGGAAGGCAUAUACUUAGUCGUGACUACAUGACUCUCAAGUUGUGGGACAUAAAUAUGGAUUCUGGCCCUGUUACAACUUUCCAGGUUCAUGAAUACUUGAGACCUAAGCUCUGUGAUUUGUAUGAAAAUGAUUCUAUCUUUGACAAGUUUGAGUGUUGUCUUAGUGGAGAUGGACUUCGAGUUGCAACUGGCUCCUACAGCAAUCUGUUCCGUGUGUUUGGUUGUUCCAAAGGAAGCUCAGAAGCUACAACAUUGGAAGCCAGCAAAAAUCCCACGAGGAGACAAGUCCAAACACCAUCGAGGCCUGCUAGAUCUCUGGGCAGUCUAUCUCGUGGUUUCAGGCGAGGUGCGGACAACUCUGGAGUCGAUUCAAAUGGAAAUGCUUAUGAUUUCUCAACAAAGUUGCUACAUCUGGCAUGGCAUCCAACUGAAAACUCACUUGCGUGUGCUGCCUCAAACAGCCUUUACAUGUAUUACGCAUGAGAUGAUUUGAGAGUUUUUUGCCUUGGAAAAGCUUAAAUCAUUGCCUCCAUUGAAGGUUUCAUUGCCCUACUUCCUCAGUAAGUGACAUGGAAGUUGUGCCAAUUAUCAGACACCCAUUAAAAUUCUAGCUCGAUUUAACACUGUGGUUUGAUGUUGCUCUUGUUGAAUUAUCAAGGAAGGCCUUAGUAUUUGCUACCAGGCUGGCAGUGCCUUACUGACUAUUUUCUUUCAUUAUGGAAGAUGCAAUUCUGCCUUUGUAUCAUUUUGUUUAGGUCAAAGAAAAUGCCAUCUUAGCUGCUUUCCAACAAUUGGAAACUAAAGCUUCUAAAUAGUGAUGCUGUGCUGCUGCGGGGGGUCUAAAGCCUGAAUCUGGGAGGGGAGCUGUUUUGAUGCAUCAAUUCUCAUUGAUACUUGGAGUUUCAAAUGUGUACAAUUUGGAGUUAGAAUUAAAGUCUUGUGAAAGCUUUAUCAUGAUUAUUGUUAUCUUAUAUUCUAACCAUUCUUUCUCCUCUUCAAAAGAUUUUGGGUUUUUUUGGUCUUUGCCACGGAAUGAUUCCUGUUAGAUGUUGUACUAGUCAUGCCUAAUCUUUCCUCUUGAAAGUUCAAUUAUUGCUACCAUCUCUUAGUCGCCAAAAUGUUGUUAAAUUUUGAUGUAGCUUAACAUACUUUUCUUUAUGAGCAAUGUAGCUAAACAAUCUUAAUUUUGGAUGCUA